AUGCGGUUGGUUCGAGAUCGAUGUGUCCACGCGUGUCGGAAGCAAUACUUGAAGCCGCUUCGCCGAGCCUUGCGUGAUGGCGAAGUGGAUGCUGGAGUCAUUUUCUCGUUGGCCGAAAUUGCUAAGGACAGCAGUCAGCGCCGCUACAGAGCUGCCAAGGAGGCAUACAUGCGCUUGGCGAUUGGCAACCACCCGUGGCCUAUGGGAGUGACCUUCGUGACCUUCCACGACCGAGCUGCACGGCACAAGAGCCUCGGACGACCCGGUGACACACCUGCAAGCUGGACAGCUGCUGGUUUGGCUGUGCAAGCUGGCGCCCACAGGGCUCGCGGAGCAUUGCAAGCCCUUGCCGGGGGAGUGCAAUCUCGUGCCAACUUGAUCACCAAUCGCUCUGUCCCAUCAGAUGGCUCGCGCUGUGAAGGUUGUGGUGAACAAUUUGGCAUGCUGCGCCGACGUCAGAUUUGUGGCCCAUGCGACCGUUACUUUUGCGCUGCAUGCCUCGGGGCGUUCACGGUGGCAGGGAUCGGCUGUUUCUGCGGCUCCAGGUGCCCACAAUGCCGUGAAAUGGGGCAAAGAAGUAGCGAAUUUGAGUCCAUCCGGUCCAAAAUGGAGGAUGGUGUUGGUGUUGUGAUCCUGUUUCCACCGAAGGCCACGAUGUUCGGCCUCUCGACCGAGCGGCACAAGCUUCGGGCUUGGCUGUCGCUCCAAAGUCAAGACUUGGCAUGGUCGAGUCUUGAGCAACGUGGCGGACAGCCGGUCGAGCAGGGGCACUUUUCCUUGGCAGAGAUCAUGUGCAUCCGCAGUCUUCAUGGCUCCCAGCUGGAAAUCUCCAUGAAGGGUCAGCCCGUGACGCAGUUGGAGUUCAGUACAGCGGAAGAGCGAGCCAAUUGGGAAAAACAUUUGAACUUAGCCGUGGAUGUCCUGAUUCCCCCAGAUCAGCGAGAAGAACGGGAAGCUGCCAAGGCCACCUUCCGCGCGCAGGAACUGGAGGAGCGUCGUGCCUUGAACGAGGAGAGGAAGAAGCGUUUGUCGGAGGGCUUGGGCAUGCGAUAUACCGCCGAGGCCAUGAUGGCACGUAGCUCUGGCCCCACGAGCUGA